GACGCACCAGCAGUGCGCAUGCGCAUGAAAUACCCACACAGGAAGUUGUUUUGCAGCUGUAAAUAGAGCCAUGCUGAAGCACGUGUUCCUCACAGGCUCUCCAGGCGUGGGGAAAACCACGCUAGUGCAGGAAGUGUGUAAGUCGCUGGUUUCUGCAGACGUGAGCGUCCACGGCUUUUACACAGAAGAGCUGAGAGAGAGGGGGAAGAGGGUGGGCUUUGAUGUCGUGAGCCUAACAGGAGAGAGAGGACCCCUGUCCAGAGUCGGGACUGAUAUCCCGGCUGGCAGGCGUGAGUACAGGGUCGGCCAGUAUGUUGUUGACCUUCCCUCGUUUGAGAAUGUUGUUUUGCCACUUUUUCAAAAUGUAGGUAAGGGCAGUAGAAGUUUGUUUAUCAUAGAUGAGAUUGGAAAGAUGGAACUCUUCAGUCAAGCAUUUAUUCGUGCUGUGAGACAAGCGCUGGACAACUCGGCCUGUUCCAUCCUGGGAACCAUUCCCGUUCCUAAAGGAAAACCCCUGGGUCUGGUAGAGGAGAUUCGAGCAAGGAAGGAUGCUAAAGUCUUUAUUGUUACAAGGGAGAACAGAGAUACUAUUAUUAGUGAAAUUUUGGUUGCAGUAAAGGAAUGUCUGAAAUAAACAACAUGCCAAAAGAACAGCGGCCAACAGUCAACCUUUUUUUGUUUGUUUAUUAAAACAUGUUUUUGUAACAUUCUAAUCUUCACAUUAGAGAAUAGUGUUCUUGCUCUCUUCUGCCUGUUAUUUCUUAGAACAAUGUAGCACUUUGUAAUAUAUUUAAAAAAAAAAUUGCAAAGUGAGCAUGUAUUAUUUAAUGUACUUUCAAGGUGGUUUUCUUUGAUAAGUUUUUGAGGCAUUGCAUGUAAUGUAAAUUAUUUUGAUCUGUUGCUGAUGUAAACAGAGAUAUUUGUGCAUUUUUGUAGCAGUUAUUAAAUUCUGACUUCAACAGUUGGAGGGAGAGAAGAGAUUUUUCUUAUGUAUCCUCAUGUAACUUUUAUAUCAUGUAACAUAUUUUUUGCGCAGUAAGGCUAAAAAUAAACAUCUAUUUUCUGGUC